CGGGCUCCGGCCCCGCGAUGGCUGCGGCCCGGCCGGGGGCGUCCCGGCUGCUGCACCCGGGGACGCUGCCGCCGCCGCUGCUGCUGCUUCUACUGCCGCUGCUGGUCCUGCCGGGCGGCUGCCGCGCUUUGGAAGAAACGUUGAUGGAUACCAAGUGGGUGACGUCCGAGUUGGCGUGGACAGCUCAUCCAGAAACCGGGUGGGAAGAAGUCAGCGGUUAUGAUGAGGCCAUGAACCCCAUCCGGACGUAUCAAGUGUGCAACGUCCGAGACGCUAACCAAAACAACUGGCUGCGCACCCAGUUUAUUCAGCGCCACGACGUGCAGAGGGUUUACGUUGAGCUGAAGUUCACCGUGAGGGACUGCAACAGCAUCCCUAACAUCCCGGGAUCUUGCAAAGAGACCUUCAAUCUUUUUUAUUAUGAAUCGGAUAGUGACACGGCCUCUGCUUCUAGCCCUUUCUGGAUGGAAAACCCUUACAUCAAAGUGGAUACAAUCGCUCCGGACGAGAGCUUCUCGAAGCUGGAGUCUGGCCGGAUGAAUACCAAAGUACGCAGCUUUGGACCCCUUUCCAAAAACGGCUUCUAUCUGGCCUUCCAAGAUCUGGGAGCUUGCAUGUCCCUCAUCUCCGUCCGGACCUUCUACAAGAAAUGUUCCAGCACUAUUGCGGGUUUUGCUAACUUCCCGGAAACCUUGACCGGGGCAGAGCCAACCUCCUUGGUGAUCGCUCCGGGAACCUGCAUCCCCAACGCAGUGGAAGUAUCGGUGCCUUUAAAACUUUACUGUAACGGAGAUGGGGAAUGGAUGGUACCGGUGGGAGCGUGUACUUGUGCGUCUGGAUAUGAACCAGCCAUGAAGGAGACACAGUGCCAAGCUUGCGGUCCUGGAACAUUCAAGUCGAAACAGGGAGAAGGUCUUUGCUCUCCGUGUCCUCCCAACAGCCGGACAAGCUCCGGAGCCGCCACACUUUGUACGUGCCGGAAUAAUUAUUUCAGAGCGGAUACCGAUCUCCCCGACAGUGCCUGCACCAGCGUGCCAACAGCCCCACGCAACGUCAUUUCCAACGUGAACGAGACGUCGCUAGUGCUGGAGUGGAGCGAGCCGCGAGACGCGGGCGGGCGGGAUGACUUGCUCUACAACAUCAUCUGCAAGAAGUGUAGCGUGGAGCGCCGGCUGUGCAUGCGUUGCGAUGACAACGUGGAGUUCGUCCCCCGCCAGCUUGGCCUGACCGAGAGGCACAUCUACAUCAGCAACCUGAUGGCCCACACGCAGUAUACCUUUGAAAUCCAAGCGGUGAACGGCGUCUCCAGCAAAAGUCUGCAAAACCCACAGUUUGCCUCGGUCAACAUCACGACCAAUCAGGCAGCUCCCUCCGUAGUUCCCACAAUGCAUCUGCACGGCAGCUCCGGAAGUAGCAUGACCCUUUCUUGGGAACCCCCAAAGCAGCCGAACGGGAUCAUCUUGGACUACGAGAUCAAGUACUUCGAGAAGCAAGGCCAGACCGAUGGCAUUGCCAACACCGUCACUAGCCAGAAGAACGCGGUGCGCCUGGAAGGACUGAAGCCUAACGCUGCCUUCGUAGUGCAGGUCCGAGCUCGCACAGUGGCAGGGUACGGCCAAUACAGCUUUCCCAUGGAGUUUCGGACGCUGGUUGAUGAUGGCUCCAGCAGCAAGCGCUUCCAGGAACUGCCCCUAAUUGUUGGCUCAGCUACGGCAGGACUCGUUUUUGUGAUCGCGGUGGUAGUGAUCGCCAUCGUCUGCUUCAGGAAGCAGCAAAACAACACCGAAUCGGAGUACACUGAGAAACUGCAGCAAUACAUUACUCCAGGAAUGAAGGUUUAUGUUGACCCUUUCACUUACGAAGACCCAAACGAAGCUGUCCGGGAAUUUGCCAAAGAAAUCGACAUUUCUUGCGUAAAAAUCGAGGAAGUGAUCGGAGCAGGUGAAUUUGGGGAAGUUUGCCGGGGCCGUCUCAAACUGCCGGGCAGGCGGGAAAUCUUUGUGGCCAUCAAAACGUUGAAGGUGGGCUACACGGAGCGGCAGAGGCGGGAUUUCCUGAGCGAAGCCAGCAUCAUGGGCCAGUUUGACCACCCCAACAUCAUCCAUCUGGAAGGAGUGGUCACCAAAAGUCGGCCGGUCAUGAUAGUUACGGAGUUCAUGGAAAACUGCGCCCUUGAUUCCUUCCUCCGGCUGAAUGAUGGGCAGUUCACUGUGAUCCAGCUAGUUGGCAUGCUACGUGGCAUCGCGGCAGGUAUGAAAUACCUCUCGGAGAUGAACUACGUCCACCGAGACCUGGCUGCCCGCAACAUUCUGGUCAACAGCAACCUGGUGUGCAAAGUGUCAGAUUUUGGACUCUCGCGGUUUUUAGAAGAUGAUCCGUCUGACCCUACAUACACCAGUUCACUGGGUGGUAAGAUCCCAAUCCGGUGGACGGCCCCAGAAGCCAUUGCCUAUCGCAAGUUCACUUCCGCCAGCGACGUCUGGAGCUAUGGCAUCGUCAUGUGGGAAGUGAUGUCUUAUGGUGAGAGGCCGUACUGGGACAUGUCUAACCAAGAUGUAAUCAACGCAGUGGAGCAAGACUACCGCCUUCCUCCCCCUAUGGACUGCCCCACGGCGCUGCACCAGCUCAUGUUGGACUGCUGGGUACGGGAUCGCAACCUCCGCCCCAAGUUUGCACAGAUAGUGAAUACGUUGGACAAGCUAAUCCGGAACGCAGCCAGCUUGAAGGUCAUCGCCAAUGUCCAGUCUGGCGUGUCUCAGCCGCUCCUGGAUCGCACGGUGCCCGAUUAUACUACCUUCACUACUGUGGGCGACUGGCUGGACGCUAUCAAAAUGGGACGGUACAAGGAGAACUUUGGCAACGCCGGCUUUGCCUCGUUUGACCUGGUGGCCCAAAUGACCGCUGAGGACCUGCUCAGGAUAGGGGUGACGCUGGCAGGCCAUCAAAAGAAGAUCUUGAGCAGCAUACAGGACAUGAGGUUACAAAUGAACCAGACUCUGCCAGUUCAGGUUUGACCACGGAGGACUCUGCCUUUGGAACGGAUCCCCCUCCCCUGAGGGUCACUUCCCUAGGAUUCUAGUUUGCGGUGCUGCCCAGCUUCUGAGUUUGAGGAAGGGGGGCGUUCUUUUCCAUCCUCCCCCACCCCACCCCCGUUAUCGGAGCGGGGAGCUUCUCGGUUUGCCAACAGACCUAUGGUGGAAUGGACUAGGAUGACCCUAGCUAGAUUAAAAGACACUCCCAGAUCUGCAAGAAGUCGCCUUCCUCGUUUUGGCUGCGGCAUUCUUGAAGUGGUGCGCCGACAAUUCAGCGUCUUCAUAUUGAAGACAGGUUACCGGGGAAGGAACCAUAAAAGGCCUCUCUGCACAUCGUCCCUUUUUCGUUCACACAAACAGCCGUCCCCCUACAUCUGCCUCCAGCGGUGCCGUGGAGGACUUUCCGCUUCCGUGGGCUUUCCCGGUUCAGAGACCUCACGCGGCCUUCCUUUGGCAUCAUCACCAACCAGAAAUGUGGCCUUUCCCCUCCUCCGUCCUGGCCAAGAGGAACCCCCGCUCGCCCUGAGCCCAACGAGUGACGUUGUCUCUGAGAGAGUCGCACCAUACUAGGACCAUGGAUGGAACUGGCUGGACAUUUUCCUCUCUGUGGCCUUGACAAUCGUGCGCCAUCCUGGGAGCCGACGCAAUUUGGAGCCGACGCAAAGACGUAAUUCUCUGCCGGGGGUGGGCGGUUAAAAGAGUCGGCUACUUCUUCUUUGGCUUCAGCACACCGGAACUGUGAAGUCGGUGGCGGCUUCAGGACAGGACUGUUGAGCGAUUUUGCUCUCUCCCUCUGGCGUUCCGGGGCCUUCCCGUCCCAGGGUUUGCCAGCCCGAGUUUGCACAAAGAUCACACAGAUGGACAGCCAGUUGAGGCAGCUUGCCGGCCCAACGGGAUUGAAAGGAGGAAAGGCUGUGUGGAGGAGAAGGGGGGGCGGGAGAGGGGAAGUGCAUCCCAGGCCUGCCUCCCCCCCCCUUCCCCGUCUCAUUUUCUUGACACACGCUGUGAUUGCUGCCAAAAAAAAAAAAGACUGGAACACUUCCUUUUUUUUUUCUUUUUUUUUCCUUUUCUUUUUUGGUUUUUGGUGGUUUUUUGUUUUUGUUUUUUUGUUUUGAUUUGAUUUUGUUGUUUUCGAUUUUGCUUUUCUUUUCCAAAAGCCUCUGCAGGCCUGAGCCGUAGGGUAACGAGGCUGCCUUGUGAAGCUGGCAAGCUUGCAUGUGUAAGAGUGCGUAUACUGGCCAUCUGGACUGUGCGCCAUGGCAGAAUAAAGGCAAUAAUAAUUUUAA